AAUAUAUAUAUAACACAUGCAUCAAAGCCCUAAAUUCCUCCAAAAAUAAAAUAAAAAAACAUCAAGCAUGGCCAGAAGCCCCCACAUUUUCCUCUCUUCACUUCUCCUCGCAGCAUCAAUACUCGAGGGAACCCUAGCUGCCAAAAUCAUCGUCACGAACAACGCCUCCACCUCCCCCGGCGGAAUCCGUUUCGACCGCGAGAUCGGCGCUCCCUUCACCAUCGCCACCGUCAAAUCCAUCAACGACUUCAUCUGGAAGCUGUUCCGACAGAACUCCGACGCGGAAAGAAAGCACGUUCCCGUUCUAAACGUCGUCGUCAAACACCUCGACGACGGCGCUCUGGCGGAGACGGGCGGGGACAACAUCUACGUGAACGAUUGGGGAAUCCGGAGCUUCGGCAAUGCCAGGUUUGACUUCACGGCGCUGAUGUACCAUGAAACCACCCACAUUUUCCAGUGGUCGGGGCGGGGCACCGCGCCGGGGGGUCUGACGGAAGGAAUUGCAGACUACGUGGUGAUGAAAUCCAAGUACUUUGUUGCGGAGGGUUAUACUAAGCCCGGCGAAGGGAGCCGGUGGGAUGAGGGUUACGGCGUGACGGCGAGGUUUUUGGAGUACUGUGACGGUUUGAGGGCGGGGUUUACGGUGGAUUUGAAUAACAAGAUGAGAGAGGUGUAUAGAGAUGAGUAUUUUCGUGAUUUGUUGGGGAAACCUUUGGAACAGGUUUGGAAGGAGUAUAAGGCUAAGUAUGGCCGCUCAUGA